UAUCUAAACCCUAGCCUCGCACGUCUAUAUAAACACUCCUUUCCCCCACCCACUUUUAUCGCUCAUUUUCUUUGAGGCGGGCUUUCUUCCGUCUUUUUCUUUUCUCCCAUUUUCGUUUUUCCAUCUGCAAAAGAAUUUGCAUCAAUGGCUGCUGCAGAUGUUGAGUAUAGAUGCUUUGUCGGUGGACUCGCAUGGUCCACUAGCAACGAGUCACUAGAGCAAGCUUUCUCUCAAUUCGGCGUAGUCGUCGAUUCCAAGAUCGUGAAUGACCGUGAGACCGGAAGAUCGAGGGGUUUCGGAUUCGUUACCUUCAAGGACGAGCAGUCAAUGAGAGAUGCCAUCGAGGGGAUGAACGGCCAGGAUCUUGAGGGCCGUAAUAUAACCGUAAACGAGGCACAGUCCCGCGGCAGUGGCGGCGGAGGUGGCGGAUUCCGUGGGGGCCACCGUGAGGGAGGUUAUGGCGGUGGCGGUGGCGGUGGCGGUGGCCGAGGCUAUGGCCGCCGUGAGGGAGGCUAUGGCGGGGGCAAUGGCUAUGGGGGUGGUGGUCGUGGUGGAUACGGGGGUGGUGACCGUGGCUACCGAAGCGGGGGCGGUUCUGAUGGAAACUGGAACUAAGUCCUUAUGAUUACAGUAGUUUGAUCAGUAUUUUCAAUUGUAGUUUGUUUGGGUUUAUUGUUUCCUGGUACCGUCUUUAUUCAGAUCUUAAUCGCAGUUUUACUUUGUCUAUCUGUUUAAAUCAAUAUUUACAAGAGUUCCGUUAAUGAAAGUAGAUUGAGGUUUUUACGAAUUAA